AUGUACGACCUCAUGUCUCGUCUGGUUCGGAAUGAAACUCCGUAUCUGUUUUGGACCACACGACGAGACGACAUAGAGUAUCGUAACUUACAGAACGAGCAGAUGAUCAAUCACUAUGCAAAUUCAGGAACAUUUACCACCAAGGUGGGACUUUGUGUGAAUCUACGUAAUCUUCAGUGGUUCGACACAGCGGAUCCUGACACUUUCUUCCCACGAUGCUACAGGCUUGGGGCAAAAGAUGAAAAGCAUGCAUUCAUAGAGGAUUUCAGGAGAACCGCCUGCACCAGCCUGUUGCAGUAUGUGGUUGAGAAAAGAGACCGAGCAGAGCCCGAAGAGGAACAAAGUGCCAAAAACGGAUUUCACAAUUCACAUCAUCGACCGGUGGGUCCUGAGAUCAUUGACAUGGCUUUACGGGUGUGUCAAGACUUCCUCAGUGGUUUGAAUCAUGCAGACAUUGAUGUGACUGCGGAAACUCCCCCCUCAGUGGACGAACAGCAGUGGGAAAAUUUUCUGCAAAAAUACUACAGGAUUGUGCAUAAAGGCGCUCAGAUCAGGGGCAGCAGUGCGUUUGUGGAUUGUUGCAAAGCCAUGCUGGCCAAACUGCGGGAGGUUUGUCCUCAGCUGGACACGGACGGCCUGAAUAACAUCUGGAUCAUCAAACCCGGUGCAAAGUCAAGAGGAAGAGGCAUUAUGUGCAUGAAUCGCCUGGAGGAGAUUUUAGCGCUGGUGGACGCUGACAGAGCUGUGACAAAGGAGAGUAAGUGGGUGGUCCAGAAAUACCUGGAAUGUCCCUUCUUGGUCCACGGCACCAAGUUUGACGUCCGUCAGUGGUUCCUGGUCACGGACUGGAAUCCUUUGACCGUCUGGUUCUACAAAGAGUGCUACCUGCGGUUCUCAACUCAGCCCUACUCAACACACACUCUGGACAGCUCUGUUCACCUGUGUAACAACUCCAUCCAGAAGCACCUCCAGGCGUCUCGUGACCGUCACCCCGGCGUGCCCGAAGACAACAUGUGGUCCUGCUCCCAGUUCUGGUCUUUCCUGCAGCAGCAGGGCCGUGAGUCAGAGUGGAAGUCCGUGGUGGUCCCUGGCAUGCAGCAAGCCGUCGUCCAUGCCCUGCAGACAGCCCAGGACCUGGUGGAGCCCCGGAAAGCCAGCUUCGAGCUCUAUGGAGCUGAUUUUAUGUUAGGUAGAGAUCUGAGGCCCUGGCUCCUGGAGAUAAACGCCAGCCCGACCAUGGCCUGCUCCACCCCUGUGACCGCCAAGCUCUGCCCUGCUGUGCAAGUGGACACUCUGAGAGUCGUGCUGGACCGUCGGGCUGAUCCCACUGCUCACACUGGAGGCUUCCAGCUCAUCUAUAAACAGGCUGCAGUUGAAGUUCCUCAGUAUGUGGGAGUGAACCUGCUGGUGGAAGGAGCCCCUAUAAGGCAACCUCGACCUCUGCUUCAGAGACAAACUGUUGUUCCUAACAUACCUCUCAGUGCCCAGUCCGUCCCCGAGCGAUCGUCUUCACAGAAGAGGAGACAGAAGUCGUCAGGUCAGAGGCCAGAAAAAGUCUCUGUUUCCCGCCUGUCAGGGAAGGAUAACCACGAGAAGAAGACAACAACGGCUCCAAAGAGGGAAGACGAGAUGAAAACAGAAAUUCAGGACAUCUGUGGUUACAGCAGGUCCCGUCGCAGCGCGACGUGUGAACACCCUGUGCUGGAGCGCACCAAGCCCCAGAGAAACGCUGCCUCCUGUCGGAGUGUCAACAGGUCAACACUGGUGCCAAGAACUCUUUCCUUCUCCCUCAGUCCUCCUCGCAGCCAGUCAGAGCAGAAACCUCAGUCCAAAUGCAAACCCUUCCUUCCAACAACAACUUCAGGACCUCAACACAAGAAGAGAUCCCGGACAUUUCUCUCAUUCCAGGGUCGCCUCCCAAGCCUGGACGUCUAUCACUUGCAACCAAAUAUUGUGGCAGGAGCUGCAGUCCGUGGUGAUUCUCAUCCCGGCAUUCACAAGCAUCAGUCACUCCAACACAAACAGAUGCAGAGGAGAAUGAACAAGGGAACCAUAAACAGAAUGCAGGAGGAUGAAGAGCAGCGAGAAGCGCAGAAGAGUCUGUAA